AAUCUGAGAUUGAAAUGUUUGCCUCCAUGGGAAACUUUGGGAUAAGUUUGGGAUUCCCUGCGGGACUACUCACUGAAAGAUUUAGUGUGCGUUGGACAUCGUUUGUAGCCACGAUAGUGUCAACUUCGGGAUUUCUACUUUUAUGGUCUACCACAUUAAGUAAAGAUUUCUACCAUGACCAUGCUUGGCUGCAGUAUAUUUACUUCUUUAUAGCAGGUUUUGGUGCUAUCUUCAUGUACAUGGCGUCUUUAACGACAAACAUGAAUAAUUUCCAGCCAAAGCAUCGUGGAAAGGUCGUGGGAAUUUUGGACGCCUCAUUUAGUGCAGGCCCUGCAUUAAUUUCCCUCCUGUACGGCGUUCUGUUCACUAAUGGUCACGUGAAUGAUGAACAGAAUCAAAAUCUGAAAGGUUUCUAUUUGAUGUCGGCAAUAGCUUUCGGGACAAUUGGAGUUCUAGGAAUUAUACUACUGAGAAGCAAUCCUUUUGAAAUAGAAGACAUCACCUUUCAACGAAUGUCCGAAACUGCUAGUGAUAAAGAAGAGCACGAUUUACCGGAGCGAGAGGGUGACGUCACUGGAUUUAAGUUGAUUAAAAGUGUUAACUUUCAAUUUCUUUUCUGGGCAUAUAUCUUCUGCGCGGGACUACAGCUUACGUAUCAAACAAAUAUAACUGCCUAUCUUAAGUCAUAUGAUUUAGAAGGUUAUAGCACUCUUUUCACUACAUUGAAUCCGGUCUUCCAAGUCGUAUCAAAGUUUCUGGCGGGCUUUUUGUCCGAUGCCAUUGUUCACAAGGUACCUAGAAUUGUGGUGCUCUUUGCUUUUAACAUUUUUCAAACUAUUGUUCUGAUAAUUUGCAUAUUUUAUUCCAAUAACCUAUCGGUUUUAGUCAUAUCUCUUAUAGGACUCGGAAUGCCAAACGGCGCCCUCUGGUGUCUAACUCCCACAAUGCUAAGCGAGUUUUACGGAAUGAAAUACUUCGGUCGUAAUUGGGGGACGAUAAUGUUCGGAAAUGCGUUUGGUGGACUACUUUUUCAACGAAUUUACGGCUGGAUUUAUGAUAAUAGUAUUGAAUACACCGGACAGACAGUUUGUUACGGACUACAUUGCUUCACGUGGAGUUUUACAAUGAUGGCAGUACUCAGUUUUUGCUCUUGUAUUUUUAAUGCUGGUGUUUUAGAAUCGGAAAUCUAUGCAUACAGAUCUUUAAAAAGAGCAAAAAAAUCAACGAAUGAUUGAUGCUUAAGAAACGUAAAUGCCAUUAUUUUUUAACAUAAAUCUGUAGAAAAAUGACUCAUUGAUCUUACUUAUAUAAUUGAAAGUUAUUUAAAUAAUUUCAUCAUUAUGAUUUAUGAAUAAUUAUUACUAGUUCACGCUUUUCAGUGAACAGUAAAAUUAUAUUUCAUAAUUUCAUCGUCCAAUUUUCAAAGUAGCUUGAUCAUUUAAACAAGAAGUAUCUUUAAAAAGAUUCUCGGACGAAGUAAAACUGUUAUUACUCUUUUUGGUAUGCACAUGUUUUUUCCGGGAUUGUUGACGUUUUUGGUAGUCUGAUCAUUUUAGAAUGUCAUUUAUAAGUCGGUAAAUUCUUAUGUUGAAUAAGAAAUUCACUGUAGAAUUAAUGAAAAUUUUAUAACAGUAUAAAACAUUUAUGGGGAGGAAGUUCACAGAUCUCAAAUAUCCGAGAAAUUUAACUUGAAACUUUGUCUCCGAUACUCCUUUAGAUUAUUUUAUAAUUUGGACCUGUACAUGUUUACGUUUCAGAAAGAUCCUUUAGAUUUUUAAACCAAUUUUAGAAUGACUAAUGAGAUUCCCGGAUUUCAGCUGUAAUUUUAAAAUGACCAAUAAAAAUCCUUCAUUUGUUUUUGUAUGAAAUCUUUAUUUCUGUUAUUUAAAAAAACAUCAAUAUAUCUUGUUUAUUCUUUGCAUAAUCGACUGCAUUACUAAAACAGUAGCAAAAAAAUAGGGAUAGAUACUGUAACUCCAUUCUACCAAUCGGAACGUCCUCGGCUAUUUACUAAAAUAACCUCGGAGUUUAAACGAUGUAAACAGAAAUCUUUGAUAAUGUGAAACUAAUUUAUAUAUAUUUGACAUCCAAACGAAGAUAAAGAUUAAUUCGGUACAAUUAUGAUUGAAAAUAUGUCUGACAACCAUUUUUAAUUUAGAUAUGACCACUAAUGUACACUUUUCAACAAAUCCGACUUAAUGUCAACGGGUCGGCAUUUUGUACUUUCGGUUAAUAAAUAUAUAAGUAA